UCUUCAAAGGGGACACUGAUCCGAACAGUCGCCGCACUACGGCUCCGACGCUACAAUUAACAUUUCCAAGGGCACUUCAAGCAUCGGUUCGACCCCAACACUGAACUGCUCUGUCAGGACAAUGUAAUCGGGUGGGACACCGGGGGACACCGUGGGCGAAACUGUAUUACGUAAUUUUUCACUGCAGAUUACGUAAGCGCUCCACCGGACACCCACGGCAUCCAGCAGUGGCAGCGGCGCCCCUGCGCUGCAAUUUCCGCCCUCGUGUACUGCAACCAUAACAUGGACUAAAUCACGUGAUAAUAGACGCAGGUGAUAAAUAUUUAUGUUUGCACGUGACGCAUGACCCGUGACUCCAUUCCCGUGAUCUUUCCUGUAAGUCCAGUCGAGAUGCCCAUGGUUCUCUACAUAGCAGUACGGACCCACGACCCUACGCUUGUCAAGGCGAUAAAGUCGCAUCUUGAGCGCUCAGGAAAUCUCAAUAAAGCCGUCAAAAUCCGCAGAGAUGGAGCCGGCUUCUUUAUUCCCACUACCGUACAACACCCAGAUGAGUACUUGCACCAAUUCGACAUAGACCACUACGAGUUUACCCCCGAGGACUCGCCCAUGGAAGCUGCUGUGCGAGAGCAUUUACUUGCCCGCGGCACUUUGCCGUCAAAAGUGAAUUCGUUGAUGCUGGCAGUGCCCAAGAAAUGGUCGCUCUACCCUCCGUUGAUCUUGUUUCUGGGUGAAGCAUUUUCAUCACCACAAUGGAAGGAAUAUGCUGAUGACAAGCUCUAUGCCAGCAUUUUGCGAAAAUACCCCAACUUCACUCACAUAGCUCUCAACAAACCCAUCAUCAAGACAGAUGUAAUGCGAAGACCCUUGAACAUCACGCCCUUGUACGGAGACUUUGGCCCCGAGCCCACGCCAGAGCUAUACGACAAUCCCACACCAGUCGACUUCAAAAGUGGAUUCUGGUGUGGGGUUAACCAGAACGGAAUAGAUCAGAACUGGGCUCCCUUGUACACCAUGUUUUCCCGUGGAAACGUCAAGGAGAAGGCUCGCGUGCUUCGCGACUUUGCCUGCAAGGACAGUGUUGUUUUCGAUCUCUACUGUGGAAUCGGGUACUUUUCUCUCUCCUACUUGAAGAAUGGGUGCAAAAACAUUUUCUGCUGGGAAUUGAACGGAUGGUCGAUCGAGGGCUUCAGGAGAUCCGUCAGCCCCCACUACAGCUACCAGAUUUUUGGACCCGAAGAUGAGUUCAACUACGAAAUUUACACCCAAUUGAAGGACCAGGUAAGAGUAUUUAUAUUCCACGAGAGCAAUGAACAUGUUCCCAGACGAAUGGCGACAUUCCCCGAUCUGAGCAUCGAGGUGACCCACGUGAACUUGGGGCUACUUCCUAGCUCCCAGGGGUCUUGGGAUAUCACGAUGGGAAUAGCGAAGAAGUCACUACGGGACGUUCAUGUGCACGUACAUGAGAAUGUUCACAUCAGCCAGUUUGACGAGUUCAAGGAGAAGGUGGGGCAGAAGUUCGGACCUGUUCAAUGGCUUGAAAAGGUCAAGACUUUUGCGCCCGAUGUGUGGCAUGUGGUAGUGGACGUGGACGUGAAGAAAGUUAAUGGGCCGUGAAUCCCUGGCUGAAUACAUGGAAAAAACUCGAAAAGUAUAGUGACAUAGCUACGAGUACGUGAAACAUUGGCCAUGUCGGUUCCGGUGCCAAAAUUCUAUGCCAAAUGGAGCUAGUAAGUGGUGAGAGUACGGUCGCAACCGCAAGUAACUAGCAAUAAUUAAUAGAUCUUUUCAAGUAUAAAUAAUACUUUGGGUAUUAGAAUAAUCCUGCUUCAUGCCUUCUAAUGGCGAAUUUGACUUGAGCGAGUUGCAAAAUAGUCUCCGUGACAAUUUCAAAUCACCAGCUUCUCUAUAAAGGUUAUCAUUUUGAGUCAUUAUAGAUACUUGUGCCAUCAAGAAUCAGCAGUUGACAAGAACAUAAAAUUA